UUGAAGCUUAUCCCAUUCUAUCCCCUCCUUUCUCUGAGUUCCUUCUUAUUCCAUCGCCUCAUUCUAUCCCCUCCUUUCUCCUGCUCGAUCUGCUGCUCCCGAGCACAACCACCUAGUCCCUGAGCUCCUUCUUCCGCCGAUGACCGAAGCCACCAAGCGGGCCCCCGUCGUCCCCCUGCAUUCCUUUCCCCGCCAUCUCCCUCUUCCCUUAUUCUCUUUUCCCAGUUUACUCUCAUCUCCCUCUAUCUCUCUUGCUCUCUGUUGCAGGGAGGCCGCCAUGGACGCCCGAGGUCCUCCGCUCCGACCCAUGCCCCGGCGGCCCUGCCGACGUCGUCGCCUAGGAAGACCACCAUGCCCACUGCAGGAACUUCGAGCCGACCCCGCAGCAUGGAGACCGCCACCGCCCAUCCGUUGUCGGGAAUCGCCGGAUCCGGCCCCUCUCCGGCCUGCCUCGCCGUCCUUCGUCCGUUCCCGAUAUCUUCCCGGCGCCAGGAGCUCAGGCGAGCGCCGCCACAAGACCCUGCCUCCUCUGCCCCGUAGCUCGCCAUGGAGGUCGUCGCCUCUCCAUCUCAAUCCACGAUGGUCUCCUCCAGGGGCCCGCCAUGGAGGUUGCCGCCUCUCCUGUCUCGAUCCGUCUGCCGCCGGAUCCACGGCGGAGCAGCCGAGAUCCGCCGCCCGUUACGCGACGCCUCGGCCCGCCAAGGCCAGCGCCGAGGCCGACAAGGUGCGCAGGAAGGCCAAGGCCCUCACCAAGCAACGGGAGGGCUUGCGGGCUAGGCUCGCCUACCGCAAGCGCGCCCGCAAGCUCACCUCCAUGCCGGCCAAGGCCACCGCCGCGACGCUAGUUUUUUUUUAAAACGAAUAGUUUCCCAGAUCCACUUAAUAGGGAUUGCGGGUUGAUUUUGCAGAAAUAGAGGGACGUUUUUGUAAAUUGGUGACGACGUACGACCAAAAGCACUCCGUGCUUUAUUAGUAGGGAAAGAUAUAUAUAUAUAUAUAUAUAUAUAUAUAGGUAUAAAAGAUAAGAUAUAGAACUGCUCUUGCAAAAUCCGUCGAACACAAAUAGAGACGCUUUAGAGUGAAAUUCUAUUCA